CUCCUGCGCCUGCGCACCCCACAAUCUUUACCCCGACGCUAAGCAUCAUGGAACCGGAAGGAGCUACAUGGGCCGGGAGCCAGGUUUGCAACACGCAGCAAGGAACCCGGAAAUAGUAUCGGUAGGACGGCCACGUAUUGGCUCUUGUUGUUUGAGGGUACACCAUAAAGCUGAAAAUGAGCACAAACACUUCUACAGUGGCAAUCAUUGGGGGAGGAAUCUCUGGUUUAGUAUGUGCUGCAAGGCUGUCCCAGCUGGGUCUGACCAACUCUGUUGUCUUCGACACUGGAAAUAAUGGUCCAGGAGGCCGGUGUAGCAGCAGAAACAUCAACAUUGCCGGUAAAGACCAUGAAUUUGAUCAUGCUGUCCAGUUCUUUACAGUGAGCGAUCCUAGAUUCGCCAAGAUUGUCUCCUUUUUACAUUCCAAGAAGGCGGUAAAAGUCUGGACUGGAAAAAUCGUUCAGCUUAAAAAAGGAGCAGAGCCAAUACAAGUCAAGAACUUACAACCUUUUAUUGGAACAAGUGGAAUGCAGUCAGUUCCCAGGUGUCUUUCAAGUCUUGUGCGCGUAGUAGAAAACAAUUGGGUCAGCAGUGUACACUGGGACUCUGUUGUCAAAAAGUGGAAGGUUGAUGACCAUGGCUGGUUUGAUUAUCUGGUAGUUGCUCACAAUGGAAAAUGUGCCGACAGGCUCAUGGCUGACUGUGGGGUGCCAAAAAUUCAUGAUCUAUUAAAGGUUAAAUUUAGUCCAGUGCUAUUACCCAAAACCAAUGUCAUGCAGCUUUGUUCACUUUGGGUUUUACUCGUAGCUUUUCCUUGUACUCUUGGACUUACCUUUGACGGGGCUUUUGUAGAGCACGGUGAUGUAUCUUGGCUUGGAAAUAACACAUCUAAAUACAGUGAUAAAAAUUGCAUGGAGUGCUGGACUGUUAUUAGCACAAAGAACUUUGGUGCAGUGCAUAAAGUACCACAGGAACAUAUACCACCAUCUAAAGAGAAAGAGGUAACACAUCUCCUGUUAAACGGCUUUGCUGAAGUUACUGGAUGGAAUCGAAAAAACAGAACUCCUUGCUUUACCAGAGUACAGUUGUGGGGAGCUGCAAACCCACUGAAUGUGCUACAGGGGGAAGGAUGUGUGUUUCAGGCCAGUCAUAACAUUGGAAUUUGUGGGGACUGGUUAGUUAGCCCAUGUGUGGAAGGUGCAGCCCUGAGUGGCUUGAAUCUAGCUGAAGUUAUUAGUAAACAUUUUAAAGGGGAAAGAAGAGAUGUUGGCUUAAAGAACCAUCUAGUUCCUAAUGAGUCCAAAGCCAUUGGCGCAUUUCCCACAAACAAAAGUUUGGUGUUCAAGCCUGCAGUGUGAUAGCGUGUUUGAAAAAAAAAAAUACUAAUAAAUUGAAUCCAGAUGACCAACUGCAAAUUCAUUUCAAUAGUUGUCUUUUU